AACUUCAGACUUCAGACAAUAAGAAAUUCUUUGGGGCUCGUUUCUUCACAUACCAACCCCAACAAUCUCCCUAAACAACCAAAGCAGAGAGAAAAGGGGGAAAGAGAGAGAAUAAAAAAACCUUCGCUGCCCGCCAAUCAUAAUUUCCCCUGAGAAAACCCUUUCGUGCUCUCUCCUCUGAAAGAAUAAUGACGCAGCCAUCGGCGCCACCGCCUCCAGCGUCGCUGGCGCCACCGCCGCAGCCGGCCGAGAGCCUUCGUGUCCGUUGCGCCGGCUGCCGCAUGAUCCUGACCGUGGCACCUGGCCUGACCGAGUUCGCGUGCCCUACCUGCCGAAUGCCGCAGAUGCUUCCGCCCGAGCUCAUGGCUAGGGCCCAAACAGCGGCUCAGCCUGUACCUCCGUCACCCGCUCCGACUUCGCAACCGCACGUGCCUGCUCACGGCAUUGAUCCCACUAAGAUCCAGCUUCCCUGCGCUUCUUGCAAGGCCAUUCUCAACGUCCCUCACGGCCUCGCACGCUUCGCUUGCCCUCAAUGCGGCGUUGACCUCGCCGUCGAUGUCUCUAAGGUCAAGCAGUUCUUCCCCUCCAUGCCGCCACCGGAAGAAGUUAACGAGGUUGCUGUUGAAGUUGAGCGGGAUGAAGAUGAAGGUGGCAUGAUUGGAGAAACAUUUACAGAUUAUCGACCGCCAAAAGUAUCUAUUGGACCUCCACACCCAGAUCCUGUUGUGGAGACAUCUUCCUUGUCUGCAGUGCAGCCACCUGAGCCCACUUAUGAUCCAAUAACUAAAGAUAAUUUGGAAAGUUCAAACGCUUUGUCAUGCUUGCAAAUAGAGACAUUGGUCUAUGCUUGUCAGAGACACCUUCAACACAUCUCAAAUGGAGCUAGGGCAGGAUUCUUUAUUGGAGAUGGAGCUGGUGUAGGUAAAGGUCGAACAAUUGCAGGGCUAAUUUGGGAGAACUGGCAUCAUGGUAGGAGGAAAGCAUUGUGGAUUUCUGUUGGUUCAGACUUGAAGUUUGAUGCUAGAAGAGACUUGGAUGACGUGGGUGCAACAUGCAUUGAAGUGCAUGCUUUGAACAAACUGCCAUAUUCUAAGCUUGAUUCAAAGUCUGUUGGGGUCAGGGAGGGAGUUGUUUUCUUGACAUACAAUAGUCUCAUAGCAAGUUCUGAGAAAGGCCGUUCUCGCCUCCUGCAGCUUGUGCAAUGGUGUGGACCAGGGUUUGAUGGUCUUAUAAUUUUUGAUGAGUGUCACAAAGCAAAAAAUUUGGUCCCUGAAUCUGGCAGUCAGCCAACACGAACUGGAGAAGCAGUACUUGAUAUCCAGGAUCGACUACCUGAAGCUCGUGUUGUUUACUGCUCGGCGACUGGAGCAUCUGAACCUCGCAAUAUGGGUUAUAUGGUUCGACUUGGUCUCUGGGGAGAUGGGACUUCAUUCUCUGACUUCCGGGAAUUUCUUGGUGCUCUUGACAGAGGGGGGGUUGGAGCUCUUGAAUUAGUUGCCAUGGACAUGAAAGCAAGGGGCAUGUAUUUAUGUCGAACACUUAGUUAUGAGGGUGCUGAAUUUGAAGUUAUUGAAGCACCAUUAGAAGAUAAAAUGAUGGAAAUUUAUAGAAAGGCAGCAGAAUUUUGGGCUGAAUUACGAGUGGAGUUGCUGUCAGCCUGUGCCUUCCUAAAUGAUAAACCUAAUUGUAGUCAACUAUGGCGAUUAUAUUGGGCAAGCCACCAGCGUUUCUUUAGACACCUGUGUAUGUCUGCUAAAGUCCCUGCUACUGUGAGACUGGCAAAGCAAGCAUUAGUUGAAGAAAAGUGUGUAGUCAUUGGACUUCAGAGUACCGGAGAAGCUAGGACAGAGGAAGCUGUGACAAAAUAUGGUUCUGAACUUGAUGACUUUGUUUCUGGACCUCGAGAAUUGCUACUUAAAUUUGUGGAAGAAAAUUACCCAUUACCAGAAAAACCUGAACUUCUCCCAGGAGAGGAUGGGGUAAAGGAACUCCAAAGGAAGAGGCACUCUGCAACUCCUGGUGUUUCAGUAAAAGGAAGGGUCAGAAAAGUAGCCAAGUGGCAUGCUCCUAGUGAUGCUGAAAGUGAUGAAGAGUCUGAAACUGACUCUGCUAUUGAAUCUACUGACUCUGAUGACGAGUUUCAGAUCUGUGAAAUUUGCACUACAGAGGAGGAAAGGAAAAAACUGCUACAGUGUUCCUGCUGCGGUAAAUUAGUCCAUUCCACAUGCUUGAUGCCACCAAUUGGUGAUAUAAUUCCUGAAGAGUGGUCCUGCCAUUUGUGUAAGGAAAAAACAGAUGAAUAUCUUCAAGCACGACAGGCAUACAUAGCUGAACUUCAGAAGAGGUAUGACGCUGCCUUGGAACGCAAGACAAAAAUAUUAGAGAUCGUUCGUUCUUUGGAUCUUCCAAACAAUCCUUUGGAUGAUAUUAUUGACCAGUUAGGAGGUCCUGACAAUGUUGCAGAAAUGACAGGAAGGAGAGGAAUGCUUGUGAGGGCCGCAACUGGAAAGGGUGUAACUUAUCAGGCUCGUAAUACGAAGGAUGUGACUAUGGAAAUGGUUAACAUGCAUGAAAAACAGCUCUUUAUGGAUGGUAAAAAGUUAGUUGCUAUUAUCUCUGAAGCUGGAUCAGCUGGUGUUUCUUUGCAGGCGGAUAGAAGAGCUUCAAAUCAGAAAAGAAGGGUUCAUUUAACCCUAGAACUUCCAUGGAGUGCUGACCGAGCAAUUCAGCAGUUUGGAAGAACUCAUCGAUCAAAUCAAGCAUCAGCACCGGAAUACAGGAUACUCUUUACAAAUCUUGGUGGAGAACGCCGGUUUGCAUCAAUUGUUGCUAAGAGAUUAGAAUCUCUUGGUGCUUUGACACAGGGUGAUCGCAGGGCUGGACCUUCAUUAAGUGCUUAUAAUUAUGAUAGUGCUUAUGGAAAGAGGGCUCUGAUGAUUAUGUACAAGGGAAUAAUGGAGCAGGAGUCUCUGCCUGUUGUACCUCCAGGAUGUUCAUCUGACAAACCAGAUACAAUUCAAGAUUUUAUUGUGCAGGCAAAAGCUGCUCUUGUAUCUGUUGGAAUAGUAAGGGACACAGUUCUUGGUAAUGGUAAAGAUCUGGGAAGGUUAUCUGGUCGAAUUAUUGAUUCAGAUAUGCAUGAAGUUGGACGAUUCCUCAAUCGGCUUUUGGGACUACCGCCUGAUAUUCAGAAUGGGUUAUUUGAGUUAUUUGUGAGUAUCUUGGAUCUUCUAGUUCGGAAUGCUCGCAUUGAAGGUAACCUUGACACAGGAAUUGUUGACUUGAAAGCUAAUGUGAUUGAAUUACAAGGGACUCCAAAGACUGUUCAUGUUGAUCAAUUGACCGGGGCUUCAACGGUUCUGUUUACAUUUGUCUUGGAUCGUGGGAUCACAUGGGAGUUGGCAAGUAUGAUACUGAAUGAAAAGCAAAAGGAUGGGCUGGGUUCAUCCAAUGAUGGCUUCUAUGAGUCUAAGAGGGAGUGGUUGGGAAGACGUCAUUUCAUUUUAGCAUUUGAAAGUUCUGCUUCAGGUAUGUAUAAGAUAGUUCGUCCCCCUGUUGGAGAAUCAAACCGGGAGAUGCCUCUGUCUGAAUUAAGAAGUAAAUAUAGAAAAAUUUCAUCUCUAGAGAAGGCUCAAUCAGGGUGGGAAGAGGAGUAUGAAGUUUCAUCUAAACAGUGUAUGCAUGGUCCCAAUUGUAAGAUUGGUGAAUUUUGUACAGUUGGUAGAAGACUACAGGAAGUAAAUGUCUUGGGUGGUCUCAUUCUUCCUGUUUGGGGAGCAGUAGAAAAGGCCCUUUCUAAGCAGGCCCGUCUAAGCCAUAGGAGGCUGCGUGUUGUACGCAUUGAAACUUCUGUGGAUAACCAACGAAUUGUUGGGCUUCUUGUUCCUAAUGCAGCAGUGGAAAAUGUGCUUCAAGGUUUAGCAUGGGUUCAAGAAAUUGAUGAUUGACGUGACAAUAGGCUUUACUCACCUUUUCUUUAUAACAAAGUUUGAAUCUAGGUGCCGCCUUUUGGCAGUUGCUUGAACUACCACCAGUAUUUGGUGUCUUAGAAUGUCAACAAGCAAAUUUUUAGGAAAAGGUUCAACCUUGACGCUGAAUUUUUUUAGAGGCGAUGCAUUCAUCCCCUGCACCCAACACAACUGUGUAGUCUUUUUUUUAGUUAUUAUUUGAUCACCCAUUUUGGGAUAUAAUUCGAUUUUGUAUAUUUGUAAAGAUGAUUCACUAAAAAUGUGAAACAGUAGAUAGCUAGGUUGUAUCACAUAGCGCAAUCCGAAUUUGAACUACUUUGUAUCCAGAUAUCAUAAAAGAUUAUUGAAAUCAUAGUUGAAGUAAAUAUUCUGAUUGUCCAACCGUAGUGAAGCACGAGCAUACCAAUACACAGCACAAGUUACUUUCUAUCUCUGCGCCAGAUGAGAAUACAUCAGCACGCAAAAUGCCAAUGAAAAUGGUCAUCACUACAAGAGCCCCGGUUGUUGAGUGAAACCUCCCCUCAGCUUCUUUCUUACCUUCAAAACAAGCUCUUGAUUUGUGACUG